GAGCAAGAAGCAGCAGCCACACCAACGCAGACUCAAAAGGGCUCUCCGGCUUUACGCACGCAGCCCACAUCUCGGCAGCGCUCCGCGCCCCUUACGCCACUGGCUCAGCCUCAGAGACUUCGCGAAUAUGGCUUUGCGCACUGCGGCGGGGCUGCGCCGCAACCGAGCUCAGCCCUGUGGCUCCUCCCCGUUGCCCUGCGCGGAUUGGUGGCAGACGGCAACCGGGCCGCUGAUUGGGCGGCGAAGGAGCCAUUCGGGGCGGCUCUGGUGGGUUCGGCUGCCCCAAGAGUGAUAAGUUCGGCUUCAGACACGCCUCAGCGCCAGCAGUGAGUCGGAGCUCUAUGGAGGUGGCGGUGGGUACCGGGUGGCGGCUGCAGCAGUGACUCCUCUGAGCUGAGUUUCAGGCCGUUCCCGACUCCUUCCUUCCCCUUCCCUCCCCCUUUUUUUUUUGUUUUCCGUUCCCCUUUCCCCUCCCUUCCCUAUCCCCGACGACCGGAUCCUGAGGAGGCAGCUGCGGUGGCAGCUGCUGACUUCUCGGUGAAGGUGAGUGGAGCCGCCGCCGCCGCCGCCGCCGAGUGGAGCGCUCUAAAAUGGCCGCCGUCCCUGGCCGCUUCUUCUCGAGUGGUACAAAAUGGCGGCCGCAGGCGGAGCCGGGUGGGGCGACCCUUUUUUAGCAUUUCCUCUGCGCUUCAGACACCUGGAAAGUCUUGGCCUUUGUUAUCUCUUCCUGUUGCUGACGGAGUAGAAGGAAAACGUCAGUGUUGGCCAGACCGCCGUGCGGUCAUGGCCGGAUGGCCGACCCCUGCAGGGCCGAGGCCGUGGCGGACCGAGGCACGGGUGUGCUGGGACGGCGAGGGAGCGCGGCUCGGACCGCGAGCGCCGAGGCGGGAGGCACGCGGCCCGGCCUCCCGGCGGGGAGGUAUUUCAUUUCUCCCAUCCCCUCCCCUCCCCACCCCAUCUAUUAAUAUUAUUCUUUUGAAGAUUCUUCGUUGUCAAGCCGCCAAAGUGGAGAGUGCGAUUGCAGAAGGGGGUGCUUCUCGUUUCAGUGCUUCUUCGGGCGGAGGAGGAAGUAGGGGUGCACCUCAGCACUAUCCCAAGACUGCUGGCAACAGCGAGUUCCUGGGGAAAACCCCAGGGCAAAACGCUCAGAAAUGGAUUCCUGCACGAAGCACUAGACGAGAUGACAACUCCGCAGCAAACAACUCCGCAAACGAAAAAGAACGACAUGAUGCAAUCUUCAGGAAAGUAAGAGGCAUACUAAAUAAGCUUACUCCUGAAAAGUUUGACAAGCUAUGCCUUGAGCUCCUCAAUGUGGGUGUAGAGUCUAAACUCAUCCUUAAAGGGGUCAUACUGCUGAUUGUGGACAAAGCCCUAGAAGAGCCAAAGUAUAGCUCACUGUAUGCUCAGCUAUGUCUGCGAUUGGCAGAAGAUGCACCAAACUUUGAUGGCCCAGCAGCAGAGGGUCAACCAGGACAGAAGCAAAGCACCACAUUCAGACGCCUCCUAAUUUCCAAAUUACAAGAUGAAUUUGAAAACCGAACUAGAAAUGUUGAUGUCUAUGAUAAGCGUGAAAAUCCCCUCCUCCCCGAGGAGGAGGAACAGAGAGCCAUUGCUAAGAUCAAGAUGUUGGGAAACAUCAAAUUCAUUGGAGAGCUUGGCAAGCUUGAUCUUAUUCACGAAUCUAUCCUUCAUAAGUGCAUCAAAACACUUUUGGAAAAGAAGAAGAGAGUCCAACUCAAAGAUAUGGGAGAGGAUUUGGAGUGCCUCUGUCAGAUAAUGAGGACAGUGGGACCUAGAUUAGACCAUGAACGAGCCAAGUCCUUAAUGGAUCAGUACUUUGCCCGAAUGUGCUCCUUGAUGUUAAGUAAGGAAUUGCCAGCGAGGAUUCGUUUCCUGCUGCAGGAUACCGUAGAGUUGCGAGAACACCAUUGGGUUCCUCGCAAGGCUUUUCUUGACAAUGGACCAAAGACGAUCAAUCAAAUCCGUCAAGAUGCAGUAAAAGAUCUAGGGGUGUUUAUUCCUGCUCCCAUGGCUCAAGGGAUGAGAAGUGACUUCUUUCUGGAGGGACCGUUCAUGCCACCCAGGAUGAAAAUAGAUAGGGACCCACUUGGAGGACUUGCUGAUAUGUUUGGACAAAUGCCAGGUAGCGGAAUUGGUACUGGUCCAGGAGUUAUCCAGGAUAGAUUUUCACCCACCAUGGGACGUCAUCGUUCAAAUCAACUGUUCAAUGGCCAUGGGGGACACAUCAUGCCUCCCACACAGUCGCAGUUUGGAGAGAUGGGAGGCAAGUUUAUGAAAAGCCAGGGGCUAAGCCAGCUCUACCAUAACCAGAGUCAGGGACUCUUAUCCCAGCUGCAAGGACAGUCGAAGGAUAUGCCACCUCGGUUUUCUAAGAAAGGACAGCUUAAUGCAGAUGAGAUUAGCCUGAGGCCUGCUCAGUCUUUCCUAAUGAAUAAAAACCAAGUGCCAAAGCUUCAGCCCCAGAUAACUAUGAUUCCUCCUAGUGCACAACCACCACGCACUCAAACACCACCUCUGGGACAGACACCUCAGCUUGGUCUCAAAACUAAUCCACCACUUAUCCAGGAAAAGCCUGCCAAGACCAGCAAAAAGCCACCGCCAUCAAAGGAAGAACUACUUAAACUAACUGAAACUGUUGUGACUGAAUAUCUAAAUAGUGGAAAUGCAAAUGAGGCUGUCAAUGGUGUAAGAGAAAUGAGGGCUCCUAAACACUUUCUUCCUGAGAUGUUAAGCAAAGUAAUCAUCCUGUCACUAGAUAGAAGCGAUGAAGAUAAAGAAAAAGCAAGUUCUUUGAUCAGUUUACUCAAACAGGAAGGGAUAGCCACAAGUGACAACUUCAUGCAGGCUUUCCUGAAUGUAUUGGACCAGUGUCCCAAACUGGAGGUUGACAUCCCCUUGGUGAAAUCAUAUUUAGCACAGUUUGCAGCUCGUGCCAUCAUUUCAGAGCUGGUGAGCAUUUCAGAACUAGCUCAACCACUAGAAAGUGGCACCCAUUUUCCUCUCUUCCUACUUUGUCUUCAGCAAUUAGCUAAAUUACAAGAUCGAGAAUGGUUAACAGAACUUUUUCAACAAAGCAAGGUCAAUAUGCAGAAAAUGCUCCCAGAAAUUGAUCAGAAUAAGGACCGCAUGUUGGAGAUUUUGGAAGGAAAGGGACUGAGUUUCUUAUUCCCACUCCUCAAACUGGAGAAGGAACUGUUGAAGCAAAUAAAGUUGGAUCCAUCCCCUCAAACCAUAUAUAAAUGGAUUAAAGAUAACAUCUCUCCCAAACUUCAUGUAGAUAAAGGAUUUGUGAACAUCUUAAUGACUAGCUUCUUACAGUACAUUUCUAGUGAAGUAAACCCCCCCAGCGAUGAAACAGAUUCAUCCUCUGCUCCUUCCAAAGAACAGUUAGAGCAGGAAAAACAACUACUUCUUUCUUUCAAGCCAGUAAUGCAGAAAUUUCUUCAUGAUCACGUUGAUCUACAAGUCAGCGCCCUGUAUGCUCUUCAGGUGCACUGCUACAACAGCAACUUCCCAAAAGGCAUGUUACUUCGCUUUUUUGUGCACUUCUAUGAUAUGGAGAUUAUUGAAGAAGAAGCUUUCUUGGCUUGGAAAGAAGAUAUAACCCAAGAGUUUCCGGGAAAAGGCAAGGCUUUGUUCCAGGUGAAUCAGUGGCUAACCUGGCUAGAAACUGCUGAAGAAGAAGAAUCAGAGGAAGAAGCUGACUAAAGAACCAGCCAAAGCCUUAAAUUGUGCAAAACAUACUGUUGCUAUGAUGUAACUGCAUUUGACCUAACCACUGCGAAAAUUCAUUCCGCUGUAAUGUUUUCACAAUAUUUAAAGCAGAAGCACGUCAGUUAGGAUUUUCUUCUGCAUAAGGUUUUUUUGUAGUGUAAUGUCUUAAUCAUAGUCUACCAUCAAAUAUUUUAGGAGUAUCUUUAAUGUUUAGAUAGUAUAUUAGCAGCAUGCAAUAAUUACAUCAUAAGUUCUCAAGCAGAGGCAGUCUAUUGCAAGGACCUUCUUUGCUGCCAGUUAUCAUAGGCUGUUUUAAGUUAGAAAACUGAAUAGCAACACUGAAUACUGUAGAAAUGCACUUUGCUCAGUAAUACUUGAGUUGUUGCAAUAUUUGAUUAUCCAUUUGGUUGUUACAGAAAAAUUCUUAACUGUAAUUGAUGGUUGUUGCCGUAAUAGUAUAUUGCCUGUAUUUCUACCUCUAGUAAUGGGCUUUAUGUGCUAGAUUUUAAUAUCCUUGAGCCUGGGCAAGUGCACAAGUCUUUUUAAAAGAAACAUGGUUUACUUGCACAAAACUGAUCAGUUUUGAGAGAUCGUUAAUGCCCUUGAAGUGGUUUUUGUGGGUGUGAAACAAAUGGUGAGAAUUUGAAUUGGUCCCUCCUAUUAUAGUAUUGAAAUUAAGUCUACUUAAUUUAUCAAGUCAUGUUCAUGCCCUGAUUUUAUAUACUUGUAUCUAUCAAUAAACAUUGUGAUACUUGAUGUA